AACCUCGACUUUCCGUACGAUUCGUACACACCUUUUGACCUGAAAGAGCUUGAUGAGUCUGAGAGUUCCGCAGAGUUUCGUUUUGGAAAACUAGAUAUUCGAAUUCUGAAGGAAGUUUUGGAAAUCCCAAACACGGUUACCUGCAGUCAGCGCUCUGUUUGUGAUGAGAAGGUCUUUACAUGCUGCUAAAGCGGCUUUCAUACCCAUGCAGAUAUAGAGACAUGAUCCAUAGGCUCGCUGCUGUUCCAGUUCUUAGCAUGAUCACCAAUCAAACGAUUGACUAUGUGUAUAAUGUUCAUGGGAACAGA